ACCGCUCCGCCCCGCGCCAUGGCGACGAGGGACGUGGAGGCGGGCCUCCUCGCGCACCUCAGCACCAACGCCGAGAUCGCGGACUCCCGCUCCUUCGCGUCCUCCCUCGGCGUCCCGCACAAGGAGCUCGAGGACGUCAUCAAGAGCCUCUCCGCCUUCCGCAUCGUCCAGAGCGCGGACAUCACCAAGGAGACGUGGGUGCUCACGGACGAGGCCAAGGGGUACGCCGCCAGGGGAUCCCCCGAGGUGCAGCUCGUCGCCGCCAUCCCGCCCGAGGGUGCCUCCAAGGCCGCGCUCAAGGAGAAAUUGGGGGACGUGGUCUUCGACAUUGGGAUGAAGGCAGCCGCCAGGAACAAGUGGAUUGGCUUCCAGAAGGGGAAUAAAGACCUCGUCCUGCGAAUGGUUGAUGAAACCAAGGAUGAGUUGCAAGAGCAGCUUAAGAGGCUGGAGAACGGGGAGGUUGUUGCUAACAAAGUAAUCGAUGAUUUGAAGAAAAGAAAGCUUGUAACAAAGGAGAAAACAAUUUGGUAUUCACUAAAGAAAGGACCUGAGUUUGUUUUAAAGAGAAAAACUUUGGCAACUGAUGUGACACGAGAACAUCUCAAGAGUGGUGACUGGAAGGAUUUGGAAUUUAAAGAUUAUAAUUAUGGAGCUCUGGGACAACCUAUUCCGACAGGAUAUGUGAACCCGUUGUUAGAGGUCCGAGAGAGCAUCCAAAACAUUUUCAUCGAGAUGGGAUUCAUUGAGAUGCCGACAAACAUGUUUGUAGAGAGCAGCUUCUGGAAUUUUGAUGCACUGUUCCAGCCACAACAGCAUCCUGCUCGGGAUUCACAUGAUACAUUUUUCCUCAAAGCCCCUUCUACAACAACACAAUUACCUAAUGACUAUCUUGAGAAAGUAAAGCAAAUCCAUCAGUCUGGUGGUUAUGGCUCCAAAGGAUAUGGUUAUGAUUGGAAGCGAGAUGAAGCAGAGAAAAAUCUGCUUCGUACUCACACGACUGCGGUUUCCGCAAGGAUGCUAUACAAGAUAGCACAGGAGAAACCUUUUGCUCCAAAGAGAUACUAUUCCAUUGAUCGUGUUUUCCGAAAUGAAGCUGUGGACCGAACUCAUCUUGCGGAAUUCCACCAGAUAGAAGGUCUUAUUUGUGAUUAUGGUUUGACGCUUGGUGAUCUGAAAGGUGUAUUGGAAGAUUUCUUCUCGAGACUAGGCAUGUCACAGCUGCGUUUCAAACCAGCCUACAAUCCAUACACUGAACCAAGCAUGGAAAUUUUCAGCUACCAUGAUGGUUUGAAGAAAUGGGUGGAAAUUGGCAACUCAGGCAUGUUCAGACCUGAAAUGUUACUUCCCAUGGGACUUCCAGAGGGUGUUAAUGUCAUUGCAUGGGGUCUUUCACUUGAAAGGCCAACCAUGAUUCUCUAUGGCAUCGACAACAUUCGGGACCUCUUUGGACCAAAGGUUGAUUUCAAUCUCAUUAAGAGCAGUCAGAUGUGCCGCUUGGGGAUGUAGCCUGGUUAUGGUUAAACUUAGUUGGAGGUGACAUACUUGUUGAGAGUUGAUCAGAUGCUAAAAGCGAAAGGAUUUUUUUUAUGUUUUACCUUUCAAAAUCAAGCCUACCUUAAGUUGCUUGGGAAAAAGGCUUUGAUGUUGUUGAUGUUGUUGUUGUUUUACCUUUCAGAAUUAGUUCAUGUGCAUUUAAGAGAAGAAAUGCAAAAUCAUAUGUAGCAUUGUAUUAUUUGAGGUGUCUAUGCUCGAUGAUACUGUCUCACUUUCA